CUUUACCAAAAGCCAUAUCGCAUUCUACGCUUUUCCGCUAACUUUCCUUAGUAAGGAAGACAAAUACUCAUUUAACGCAUAACCCAUUAAAACCAGGAGAACGUUUCCAGGUUCAACGUCAAUGGCUCCUUCAACACUCACUGCCCUUGCAGAAGAGAAAACCUUACAGGCAAGUUUUGUUCGUGAUGAAGAUGAGCGUCCUAAGGUUGCUUACAACCAAUUCAGCAACGAAAUCCCCGUGAUCUCUCUCGCUGGGAUCGAUGACGUUGAUGGCAAGAGAGCCCAGAUAUGCAAGAAAAUCGUCGACGCUUGUGAGGAUUGGGGUGUCUUCCAGGUCGUUGAUCAUGGUGUCGAUACUAAACUCAUUUCCGAGAUGACCCGUCUUGCCAGGGAGUUUUUCGCUUUGCCUGCUGAAGAGAAGCUUCGCUUUGAUAUGUCUGGUGGCAAGAAGGGUGGCUUCAUCGUCUCCAGCCACCUUCAGGGAGAAGCGGUACAAGACUGGCGAGAGAUUGUGACAUACUUUUCAUACCCACUCAAGGCCCGCGACUAUUCAAGGUGGCCCGAUACGCCAGAGGGAUGGGUAGAAGUGACAAAGGAGUACAGCGACAAGCUGAUGGACCUAGCCUGCAAGCUUCUUGAAGUAUUGUCAGAGGCCAUGGACUUAGACAAGGAGGCUUUGACUAAGGCAUGCGUGGACAUGGACCAGAAAGUGGUGGUUAAUUUCUAUCCCAAAUGUCCACAACCCGACCUCACCCUCGGACUCAAGCGCCACACCGACCCUGGCACCAUCACCCUGUUACUUCAGGACCAAGUUGGUGGACUUCAGGCUACCAGGGACAAUGGCAAGACUUGGAUCACUGUUCAACCCGUUGAAGGGGCCUUUGUGGUCAACCUUGGAGAUCAUGGCCAUUUUCUGAGCAAUGGGAGGUUCAAGAACGCUGAUCACCAAGCUGUGGUGAACUCAGACUGCAGCAGAUUGUCAAUAGCCACAUUCCAAAACCCAGCACCGGAUGCAACCGUGUACCCACUCAGGAUCAGGGAGGGAGAGAAACCAAUUCUCGAGGAGCCCAUCACAUUUGCUGAGAUGUACAGGAGGAAGAUGAGCAAGGAUCUGGAGCUCGCCAGGCUAAAGAAGCUGGCCAAGGAGCAGCAGCAGUUGCCGGAGAUUGAGAAAACCAAACUGGAAGCCAAGCCUCUGGAGAAAAUCCUUGCAUAAACUUUUAUUAAAUUUACUGGUCGUGUUAAUGCCACAACUUUGCCACUGUUUUGUUUGCCGUUGAGCUUACUAGUUUUAAUGCAUUUGUACUCUUCUUAUGGUGGUGCCCCCUUUCAUUUGUUGUAGCAAUGUGUUGUGCAAGUAAAAAAUAAAUGCCACUGCCUCACCUUCUUACAA